AUGCUGAACUCAAUUCAGGUAGAGGACUUAUUUGAAAAUUUUUGGGAGCGCACACAUCUGGAGGGAUCCUUCUAUGGAUGCUGUAACAUCGUUUCUGUCUCAGUAUACCUUGCCCCAUUGCCUACAUUCAUACGAAUCUACAGAGAAAAAUCAACAAUGGGAUUCCAAUCUCUACCCUAUGUAGUAGCACUGUUUGCUGCCAUGCUUUGGCUACUGUACUCAUUUCUCAAGACAAAUGCAUUUCUCCUCGUCUCUAUUAACUCCUUCGGAUGCAUUAUUGAGGCCAUUUACAUCUUUAUCUACCUUCUUUACGCGUCAAAAAAGGCCAGGAGUCACACAGUAAAGCUAUUGGCUUCUUUGAAUAUGGGGCUAUUUUCUCUGAUAUUUCUACUAUCACUCUUCUUUUUCAAACAACAUCGCGUUGGCGUUGUGGGAUGGAUUUGUGUCGCGGUUUCUGUCUGUGUUUUUGCAGCACCCCUAAGCAUUGUGUUUAAAGUUGUUCGCACUCGCAGUGUUGAAUUCAUGCCAUUCGGCUUGUCAUUUUUCCUGACAGUGAGUGCCAUCACAUGGUUUGCAUACGGUCUAUUUGCGAAGGAUGUAUGCAUUGCUGUUCCGAAUGUUAUCGGGUUCUUUUUGGGGCUGCUUCAGAUGUUAUUGUAUGGACUCUUUAGGAAUGCAAAACCAGUUAUGGAGGAGAAAAUUUUGCCUGAGCAUGCUAUAAACAUCAUGAAGUUAGGGAUCCCUGAAGUACGUCGAGUUGAUCUUCAAAAAUGCGCGAGUAAGAAUGAAACAACCAAAGACGAGGACAGGAAGGAUAUUGAAGAAGACGAUCACAUGGAAACUUGCGUGCCUUCUGCCACUAGAGACCCUGAUCCUGUUGUCUUCCUCGAAAAUGAACUGUUGUAUGCAGAAGCUUUCCCUGUUUCAGCCGAAGUUCUUGAUUCUGGAUUUUGGGAAUGCCAAAGUACGUUCCGUGCAUCUUACAUAGCGAACGAGAGAGAAGGAAAACACAUAACUAUUACGGCUUUCUCAAAGAUGGUGGGCUUUUCUUUCAAGGUGAUAAAUCUGCGCUCAAUUAGGCAACUCGACAGAUACACAAUUAAUGCUUUGGUUAGGAAAACAAACAGGCUAGUAACUGCUGAGAAGGGUUUCCUCAAGUCGUCGCUGAAAUAUGGUUUGGCUUCUGUAAAUACACAUUGUGUUUCUUUUUCUUGCAGAACAUCAAUUUUUGAGGAUAGUUUUGGCUAUCUGGAUGCUCCGGUUGAAAGAAUCGCUGGAGCAGAUGUCCCCAUGCCUUACGCAGCUAAUCUUGAGAGAAUGGCUCUUCCCCAGGUGGAAGAUGUUCGUGCAGCUAAGAGAGCAUGUGCCACGGCUGACGGCUCAACCUUUUUGGCGUUACCAGAAUUUUAA